AUGACGAGCGGUCUACAUGCCUAUCGAUCUUCCAGAUUGCCAGGAAAGCAGCUUGUACUUGGACUGUGGCAAAACACAGCGAUUCCGUCGUCUCUCUGGACCAUGGCAUCUUACCUCACCAUUGGUGCCAUAGCAAUCACCACGGUUUCGUUUCUAUUCUGUUUUUUCCUGUUUGUCAGCUUGUUUGAUGAUUUUCUACGGGUCACAGCCCCUAGUCGGAUGUGGGGUCUUGUCAAGAAUAAUCGGUGGAUCCAUUUGGAAUAUACUUCAAUAGCAGACAUUAUCAAGCAACAACUGGCUAACCUCGCAGAGUGGGAAAAGCGGAAACGAGCUUCGUGGUAUCCAGAGCAUCAACAAGAACUCGAUCGGUUUCACGACUUUAUAAUCAGUAUCACUAGCUAUCUUGGCUGUGACUUUGCAAAGCAGAAGGAUCAGUAA